UUGUUUCUUUUCUCUCUCCUGUUGUUGUUCCCAGAAUCAACAUUCUUCCAUUACUUUGGUAAAUCCAGCUAGAAUUUUGCAUGUUUUAGUGGUUGAUUACUUCCUUAUUUUGAAUUUUUGUAUACCGGCAUCAGUAUUCUGUACACUGAUUCUCAACCGAGGAAGGGUAAAGUUCAAGCUUCGCCAUGAAUCGUGCCGACAGUCCUCGGUUUUGUGCCUCCUUUGACUGCCCUAAUGACAGCACCACUGGCCGUGAUAAAAGUUUCUUCACUUUUCCCCUCGAUGUUAAAAAUUGCAGAAUAUGGAUCAAAAAUAGCGGCAGAAAAGACCUGGCCAAUAAACACCCCUCUCAACUCUAUCAACAUUUCUACUUGUGUAGCGAUCACUUUGAGGAUUCAGCAUUUGUGUCUCGUUUUUGUAUCAGAAGACGCAGAUUGACCGCAAAUGCCAUACCCACCCUAUUUAGCAACAGUUUAUCUGAGGUAUCUUCAAGAGGAAUGAAAAGGAAACUGAAAGUUCCUUCAACAGGAACAAAGCGAAAAAAAGUAUCCAUCCUAGAGGCGGAUGGAAAAGCUACACAUGAGCAUAUCCGUGCGGAAAAUUUGUGCAGAGUCGAAAAUAAUGAAGAUGAGGCCAAAGUAGUGUUGGACUGCCAUUACCCCAGAAUGGGAACAUUUCCAGAGCAAGAAGGAUACAUACAUGAAACUAAAUCCUACGGAAACCUAGCUAAACAAGUACAAGAACUCAGCCAAGAAGUUUUAAGACUGAAAGCAUUGAAAGUAGAAAACGAAAAGCUUAAAGCAGAAAAAAUUGAGCAAUCUGCCCUUCACAAAAAAACUCUGGCUGUGAUGGAGGGACAAGUACAGUAUGAGACAAAGGUCCGGCAGAUGUGGAAAAGUAAUCUUGAAAAGCUAGGUCUUCCAGUAGAAGACUUGGACAAUCAAGAAUUAUUUUUCAGGAGAGUACUAUCCAGUCCAAACUUCAUGAAAACUCUUACACAGCGCAUUGUCAGUGGAAAUAUCAGCAAAAACUUUGAAAAACCAUCCAGAGGGAAUCUCAGGGCUAGUUUGAAACUCCUCCGAUCUCAAGUCACAACUUUGGAGGUGGAACGAUCUGCUUUACGAGCAACUUGUGCCCAGUUAUCAGCUGAAAAAGAGGAGGCAAUGCAAAGUCUGGACUAUUUCAAAGAAAAUUACGAUCGGUUGCUGAGGGACCAGAUAAAUUUAGAAAAACAACAGGAACUGCUAGUCACUAAAAAUGAUGAACUCUUGUCAAGAUGGAGACACACGCAGCGAGCGUUUAAUGCCCUUCAAACCGAAACAAGGUUUCUCAGGGAAGAAAAUUCUGCACUCAGGGAACAGAUCAACGCUCAUGAAGCCUUGGAUGAAAAAAAUGAGUCUUAGGAUUCAAGAAACUUUGCUUUUUGCAAGAAAUACUUUUACUUUGAAGGUGCCUCAAUUGUAUACGCUGUUGCUCAAGCUGAAUUGUUUCCAGAACCAUCAGCCCUGAAGAAUUGGAGAUUGGUUGGAAAGCUAGCCGAGUCUCACCACAAUGUUUUUUCUUUCUGUUUAAAUUGCUAAUAUUAGUAACUAUUACAUGCUGUGAUAUUUAUUUUAUUAUGUUUGUUAUUUAAUUUAGAUUAAAUUUAGUACUUGGAUUUAACUAAAUGUCCCUUGGCAUAGAAAAAAAUAGUCUGAAAUGAAGCAGUACGUGAACAAGAAUCAUAUUGAGUAGCCAUUGUCUGGUUGUGCUUUAGAUUUUCAACCAGUUUUCAGCGUUUGCGAAUGCACAGGAAUUUCUGUGCUGUAUAGUAACCACUAAGUUCACUCGCAGAAUUGUCAUUCUGAAGAAACAUAAAGAAAAUAUGGAACCGCAGACUGGAGGGAAACAAGGGGCCAAUAGGGAUAUACUGAGCAAAAGACCACAAACUCUAUUAACAGUGUCUUCUAGUUUAAUUCAAUGGACCUGAAACAUAUUACUCUUCUUAUCAUCUCUCAUAAGUUUUGCUGGAUACAGGGAAAUUUUAUACAACCAUUUCUGAGAUAUUAACUCAUAAUAAUAGGAAAAAUCACUGGAAUUUGUCAUUAAACGCCUAUACUCAUCAAACUGAAUAUUCUUUUGAGGAGUUUGAACCUUUGACUGGCCUAUCCCUAACCUAUCCCUUGUUCUCUCCUCUAGCCUCUUAUUUGCUUCUUUCUCUCAACAAGUUUUAAUUCUUAAUGCCAUUUUAACAAUUUAUGUGGUUCUUAAUGUCAUUUAUUCUUCUUUGUAUAUCUGAUCCUUUGCUCCCUCUCAAAAAUAGAUGGUCAAAGUGUGAAAUCUUGUAUCUCUAUCGUGAUGUUUCAAAAUUUCCAUUAUUUUAUUUUUUUAACAGAAACAACCCAAUUUUAUAGAUUGACAUCUAUACAGAAUAUAUAUUUUUCUAACAGUAGAAAACUCAAGGAAAUGUUCCAUAAAUUACAUUGACAAGUUUUCCACCAAAAAGGAAAAAAAAAUAAGUAUGAUAGGAAGUGCGCUAUAUCGAAAAUGGAGAUAGGUAUUCUCGCACUUUGGCCAUCAAUAUAAAUAUUUUUUAGCUCAUCAAGAGGCAGUCCCCAAAGUACUCUUGAAUUACACAAAGUGAUUUUUCUUAAAUACUUCACAAUUACAAAUAUCUUGAAAAUGGCACCUUAAAUCUCCAAGCACUCAGCAGAACUUUAGUGCUGGAGGUCUGUCUGAAAGGCAGACUUUUCCUAUAUGAGUCCUGUGGUUUUUUUUUAAUGAACUAAGGUGGUUUCACUUCAGUCAAGUAAAAAUAAAAAUGAACUAAUAGAAAUAAAAGUUUCAAAACUUGGCGGUAGUGUUAUUUAUUUGAGGUCAAUGCUUAUACGUCAAAAACAUACAAUCGUACUGUGGACAUCUCUGUCAAUGUGUAACGAUAUAACUUUGUACUUAGGCACUGAUGGAUGCAGCAAUCGUUGCUUGUAAUGUAUUUAGAGUCACUGAAGCGUCACCAAUCCUAUGGCCUUGUCCCUGCUAGUGCCGUUUAUUGAACUUCGGGUGAAGUUGUUCCAGGAACUUAUUAUAACUUAGCUUCGACUUGUUCACAGAAUUAAUUUGCUCAAAUUGCGCUUGUGUGGACAAGGCCUAUGUUCUGAAAGUUACCAAGACCUUAUAGGUUUGCCAAGUUACCCUAUGAUCCAAUCUAAGAUCAAGCCAGCCCUUAAUGCACCUAAAGUUAAGGUCAUUAUCAAAAUUUUGUUGUGAUGUUUUUCGGUUUUCUGCUUUCAUCUUAUUCUUUCAAUUUAUUAAUUAGUAGCUAAGGAUUUUAUUUCCCUUUUCAAAAUAUCCAUAGCACUUACUUCUUUUUUCUUACAUCAAUUUGAGGUGGUUGUUUUCAAUGGUCUUUUUUUUAUUGUUUUUAUCUGCAGCGUAUUUGAUGACAUUGGUAUAUUUAUCCUGCCUCUCUGAUUACUGCCAAUCUUUGUCGAAAAUUUAAAUUUUAAAAUUUCGUCCUGGAUAGAUCCACUCCUCUGUAAAAAUUGCUAUUAUACUUUUUCUCUUAUUCAUGUUUUCAUAUCUUCCUCUUCUUCCAGUUCAACCGAAUUUAAUGCAGAGUUCGCGCUUUUUUGGCAUCACUAUUCUCAUACAUUCUUCAUUUGUAAUGUUAAAGUUAAUGUUUAUAUGGCAGAAGAGUUUCUUCAUUUAGUCUCUGAUCUUGUUUAGUUUUUAUUUAAUUUCUAAUUUUCUUAAAGAAAUAGUACCAUUUACAAGAAUAUUACGUUUAUGUCGUAUCAAAAAUAUUACCCAAUUUUUUUUUAACUUUUUCUUUUUUUUCUCAUAUGUAUCUUUGUUGCCAAACUGUGGUAAGCAAACUGUUUUAAAUCUAGAAUUUGAAGGGCUCAAACCGAAGAUAUUUAUCUGAUAGGAGCCUCAUAAAGCAGAUGUAACGUUAAAAAGCAGUUCAUUUGAAUGGUAAAUCAAAGAAAUCAAACUUUGAAACCACUUACCAGUAGUGAGAGCAAAAGUCAAUAGAAGUCGGCCAUGAAUUUCUAAUUUGAAGAAUUUGAAAAUUUUUAGAUUUUCAUGAUACAAAAGCACUGUUUUUACAUAUUUUGAGAUGAUCAAUGAGGUGUACAAUAUUGAGUCCUGUGUAUCAUCAGUCGAAGUUAUCGAUUUCGCCCCGAGUCCAUUCGUUCGAUGAGCUCUUCAUUUUCUCUUUCACUAUCCUUUGCUAUCUUUGUCAAACAGAAAACAUCGUAGAUGAAAAAUGAGCAAAGCAAUUUUUUAAGCAAACCUAGGUGUAUCAACUUGAGCAAAAAGGCUUUUUUUGUUUGUUCCUGAUUUAUUUGAAGUAGGAACAUUUCAAAAUCACCAUCUUCUAAGUUCUGCAGAGAUUUCAUCAGUUGAUACGCUUUUGGUUAGACUUUUUAUUUUUAUCAAUCCUCAUUUAGUUUUUUUCUAGUUUCUAUAUUUUGUUUUUUGUAAAAUAUGCAAGCAGUUAUUAAUAUAUUUCAUUGAUAGUUUGUACUACA